AUGGCUCAGACCGCCUCCGCCUACCCCCCGCUGGACCAGCGGCCCGUCAAGAACACCGUCUGCCUCUUCGAUGUCGACGGCACCCUGACGCCCGCCAGGCGGGACGUGUCUCCGGAGAUGCUUCAGCUCCUCUCGGAGCUCCGACACAAGGUCGCCAUCGGCUUCGUCGGCGGCUCCGACCUGGCCAAGCAGCAGGAGCAGCUGGGUACGCGUGAGACGGACGUGUCGACGCUGUUCGACUUCUGCUUCGCCGAGAACGGCCUGACGGCCAUCCGCCUGGGCAAGACGCUGGCGUCCGAUUCGUUCAUCGGUUGGCUGGGUGAGGAUAAGUACAAGCCGCUGGUUAACUUCUGCCUGCGCUACAUCGCCGACCUCGAUAUCCCCGUCAAGCGCGGCACCUUCGUCGAGUUCCGCAAUGGCAUGAUCAACGUCUCGCCAAUCGGCCGCAACGCCAGCGUCGCCGAGCGCAACGACUUCGAGGCCUACGACAAGAUCCAUGGCGUGCGCGCCAAGUUCGUUGACGAGCUGCGCAAGGCGUUCCCCGAAUACGGCCUCACUUUCAGCAUUGGCGGCCAGAUCUCCUUCGACGUCUUCCCCUCCGGCUGGGACAAGACCUACUGCCUGCAGCACAUCGAGAAUGAGAAGAACCUGCCCGGCGGCGUCGAGUAUACCACCAUCCACUUUUUCGGCGACAAGACGUACAAGGGCGGCAACGACUACGAGAUUUACGAGGACCCCCGCACCAUCGGCCACAGCGUCACCAGCCCCGAAGACACGGCCGCCAAGCUGAAGGAGCUCUUCUUCUCGUAA